UGGCUCUUGGCGUUGAAAAGGUUAAUAAUCGAUGCGUGCCGUUAAACAACAACUUUGCACCCUUGUAAAAAAACAAACAACUAUUACCUACCACUAAACACGAGUAGCCAGUGACAAAUGCAUGAAUUCGCAAAAAACACGUGACUGUGACAAGGCAGGGAUUAAAAUAAAUAUUCCCAUUGACCGUGAUCCAUCUGUUGCAAUUACGUUACGCUAAUCGUAAUCAUGCUCCCAAAGCAGGGUCAGCUCCGAGUGGUGUCAGCCAAAGCCAGUCUACAAGAAACUCUUCCUUCGAAAACUGAUGCUUUUCCGAGUCACGAUGAGAGGACCGCCGACAGUAGCCCCUCGGUCCGGUCUCAAAGUUCGCCGCGCCGACACCGACGUCCCACCAGAAGAGAUAACAUGUCACUGGCUUUGAAGGCGGGCCUUGCGUCCACUCCCCGUUCUGGAUCACCUCCACGAGAAGGCGACGCCACUUUCGAGUCGGUGCCGCAUGAUCAGGGUUCUUUCAUCUACGCCUUCCUAGAAGAAGCUAUUAAAAGGGACAAAAAGAAGCAACGUCAAGCCCGUCGCCACGAGGAGCGAGAGCGCGGGGGCCGUCCGAGGACGUCGUCCCCGAGCGAGCGCGAGCCCCGCCACCACCGCGACCACCGCGAGCACCGCGAGCAUCGCCACCACCGCCGCCGCGACGAGUCGCCCAAGGAACUAGACAAGCCCACAAAAAUUGAGAAUCCAGCGCCAGGUAUUGAUCAAACUGCUUUGAUUGAAACUUUCGCCAAAUUAUGCGCUACGCUAAGCGCGAAGACAGAAAAACCUAGCAAAAAUAUCCAACGUUCCCUGAGCCAUAAGUCACUGCAAUGUGAAGGUGUAUCAAAACAAACCUGUCACGAUGUCGACCAUCGCCCCGUGAAGUUGACCAAUCAUGAAAAUUCUCAAGCCAAUAUACCUUUGUCAUUAGCACGAAGUCAGGAAGAUACUAGUGCUCGAAUUCGUAGUCGAGAUAACAUUGUCUCGUCUCGCUCGCAUAUAGUACAAGCGAGGGACAGAAGUUCGUACUGCGUCCCGUAUGACAAAGAAAAUACUAUCGGAGAACAACAACGGCACAGAGAACAGUAUACUAGCAAACUAGAUAUCAGCGGAUCGAAAAUGCACACCUCGGCAGAUAGACGACAUGAAUAUGCUCCUAGAGCCGUUCCCACAAGAAGUGUUCUCAACCAAUCUUGCAGAGAUUACAGGGAACAACAUCCCAACCGUGAUCCCCUCCGAGAAUGUGACUAUCGUAGAGAUAAUGACAGGGAAUAUGAUCGUGAUAUAGAACUCAAUAGAGACUACGAUCGAGUUGUUGAACCUAAUAGGGAAAGACCCUACGACGAUGACAAGAAAAGGUCCUACAACCAAACCAGUAGGAGCUACGAUAUCCGCCGGGACUGUUACUUGGAGGACGACCGACAGCACAGAACUACAAGAAGUGAUAAUCAUAGAGACAGGUAUUGUGACGAAAGACGUUACGAAGACAGAUACCGAAAGAGGUGCGAAGAUUUGGAAAAACGCGAUAAGUAUUAUGAAGACAAGCCGAUAGUUUCUCGCGAUCGCAACUACCACAUGUUUAAAGAAAGCAGAGAUCGUCGAAAUAAGAAAAACUUGGAGAGAUUUGAAAGAGCUUCGGUAACAUCGAGAGAAGAGGAAUUUAAAGAAAGGUGUUCUGAAAGAGAAAGGGAUUCUGGGCUUAGUGUGGCGGAUGGUGAGAGUACCGCUAGUGCCCGGAGUAACUACUUAAGAUUGGUGAAGCAAGAAAUUAUGGAGCAAAGGGAAGCCAUGGACAAAAUGAUGAACUUAUGGAAGGAGUUGAUGCGAUGCUUUAAGAGUUAUUCACAAACAUCGGGGGAGAAAGCUGUAACUGAGGAGAUCAAUAAACAGCGCUCGGAGAUGGCCGAGAUGGCUAACAUGUGGCAGGAGUGUCUGCAGCGCUACCGCGAGAUGAGCAACGACUUCAACAACCUCAAGCAGAAGCCUGAGAUGUUGUGUGUGUGUGGUGCAGCUGGCGACGCCGACAGUGGCAGGGCCCGCGCUGGUGCCGCCGGUGUGCGCGGACGGCGAGGGCGCCGCGGCGCCCGCCGCCUUCUGUCAGCCCGCCUACCCGACGCCGAUGCCGACUCCCGGUUAUAUGGGCGGUUCGCCGGUCCGUGCUCGUGCAUCAGCGCCCGCGCCUCCGCCCUGGUGGUGGAACGAGGCGGGCCACGCGCGCGCACCUCCAGCGCGGCGCUCGUCGCCCGAGUCGCGCGGGUCGUGCGACCGCGACCGGCACCGCGACCGCGAGCGACGGCGACACAAGGAGCGCGAGCGAGGUUUGUUGUUGAUUACCGAUGCUCUAGGUUCUACGUGGGGGCUGCUAACCCUGCUGGUGGUGGAAAAAGGCGGGCCACGCGCGCGUUUUCGUCACCAGAGUAGCGCGGGUCGUGCGACCGCGAUCGGCAUCGCGACGGCGACAAAAGCAGCGCGCCGCGAGCGAGGUUAGUUGCCAACUACUGAUCUACUGUUGGUUCUUUAUCUUCAGAGACCUAGCUUCACCGACCACCUAUUGGCGAAACGAUGCGGGCGACGUGCGUAUGCCGCCGGCGACAUAAACGAACGGGAGCGAGGUCAGUUGAUAAAUAUUGAUAUUGGUUGGUUAGGAUACUCAUGUGGACGAUCAACUGCGCGUGCGUAGCCAGGCGCUGUACGAUUAUAAGUGGGCCGUCGUUCAUCGCCAGGGUUGCGGUAUUAGCUAGUGAGGCGAGUUACUGAAUGCGGGUACAAAGACAAUUUGAAUAACAAAUAAAUUAAUAUAAAUGACUGAAGUUUCUGAACCGUCCUCCAUGGAAUAAUUUCACGCUAAUUUACUUAGUGCUCAAGCCAAUAUUCAAGUGC